AUGGCUCCAGCUUCAUCGCAAUCAAUGCGAACGGAAAGGAGGAAUAGUGGAUACGGAGUCCCGUCUAAUACUACACCUCAUUCCAGAACUAUUCCCGUUCAUCUAGAGAGACAGAAUUCCGAAGACUCUUCCGUUUUCGCUGGCCUUAAUACGCCCAGGGGCAUUCCUCAAGAAGUUUCCAGCAUCGGGGUUCCUCACAGUGUACGAUUUCAAGAUAAAGGCAAGACACCUAGAGGAACUCCCACACAAGUUGGUCGCUACAAAUUGAAAUCCUUUAAUGAAGAUUAUCAAGAUUCAGAAGCAGACGAUGACGGCACAGAUUAUCUAAGUGUUGUAAGAAGCAAAUCCGAAAAUUCCAGCGAGCAUAGUUAUAUGCGUAAUAUGAAACCAAUGGCGGACGAGGAUUCUGCUUUUGGGGCUGAGUCUAAAGACUUUGAAGGGGAAAGGCCGCACGGAUCCAAGCACAACCGUCGUGGUUCAAAUACUCGUCGUCAAAGUGGUCAAAGCUCUUAUCUAAUGGAUCAAGGCGGAGGGUCUGGGUCUUAUGGAUCUGUGAAUGCAUAUGCUAAAUCUAAAGGCACGUACAAUAUGGUUGGUCAAGUGAACUUUUCCAACAAAGCUGAGAACGAAUACAAGCCGGAAAAGGGGGAAACAAUAACAGCUAUGCUUGAUGAUUAUGAGAAGCAGAUGGAAGCUACCCUUGAAAGUCUCACCUUGGACGAUGAUAACAGGGACGAUAUUGUUGGCGAUCGUGAUUAUCUCGCAGAAAUGUAUGACAUAGUUCCAAAACGAGUUCAGUCAGAAGAUGCGCACCAGACGCUUACAUCGGAACAGUCGAAACAAUUACAAAAGGUUCUACAUCAAGCACGGACAGAGGUUGAAAUUCUAAAGGACAACAACGAACAAUUCAUGUCCGAAAUUGAGCAACAAGAGGAAGAGUAUAGGUCAGAAAGGAAGCUUUUUGAAGAGAGAACACGACAAAAGAUUUCCGAACUCAAGGUGAUUUACCAAGAGGAAAUCGAAAAUAUUAUUCGAGAGAAAGAUGCUGCCAUUGUCGAGGCAAGCCGACAGGCUACAAGAUAUGGGGAAUCCGGGAGAAGGCAAAUUGCACAUUUAAAAGCGCAGCUCGAAAAGGUCAAAGCUCAGGCAAAUGGAAUCAUUCGACAAAAGAUUGAAGAAGCAAUCAAGACUAUGAGUGCCAAAAAAGAAAUGGAAGUCAGUGCAAGGCUUGGAGCUCUCCGCAAUUCCUAUGAAACAGAAUUUGAAAAAAUUCGAAACGAACGAGGCGCCGAUGUGCAGCAGGCUGUCAAUCAAGCCAUUGCAGAAACAGAACAGCGGCUGGCGACUGAGCACGAGAAGAAACUAAUCGAGAGCUUAGAAGCCUGUCGCAAACAAGCAGAAAUGGAGAACCAGAAUGCAAUUUUUGCGUCAAAUCAGUCCCUUGCGCACUCUGAAAGACAGGUCAACAAGCUCCAGAAGGAAAGGGAAGGUUUCAUCAAGACCUUGGAAGCCAUCAAGGAGAAUAUCAACCAGCACUAUCCCGCUCAAAUGAAGGUAUUUCACGACAGGUCUCGGGAUGUAGUUGGGCCAUUGAAACUUCUUCAAACUCAACAAGGCGAUAGCAAGUUGGAGAAUCUCUUCAAGGAUGUCGUCGAGUCAUUCGGAUUUUUGCUUGAGAACUCGUCAAAGAAAUCCGUUUCAUACAAUGUUGUAAAAAUGGACGAUUUGCAAAAGCGACUCAAGGAGCAGGAAACCACAAGAGAACAAUAUCGAGAGCACGUCGAUUACGCGACUCCACCAAAGGAGGACGAGUCCAAAAAUAGUGAAGCAUUGGAGGGAAGGGUUCAUAAUCCAGUAAUUGAUCGCAACCAGAGCGAAGAGUUGUAUAGAAGAGAUAUUAAUUCGCAGUAUGGUGGGAUCAAAAACAUGCACAGUGCCGAUGAUUUGAUUCAGGGCAUGACGAAGCGAAGAGAAAGGCUCGCGCAUGCGAUGGCCGUCGGGCAAAUGGAGUUGAAGAAUUCAUUGUCAUCCGAUCGAAUGCAGUAUUUGAAGCCAAACGACCGUUUUGUACCAAAGGGACUGGAUGCCAACGAGGGGAAUAUUGAACAGGAUGGUGAAGUUCCAGAGUACAGAAGACAGUCAUGUUCCAAUCUUCCAACUGGUAGAAGAUCAAGCGUGGAAUCGCCUGAUGCAAUGCGAGCCAAACAGAGCGACGACUACGAAAGUUUUAUCAGUAACAAUUCGAGAGCCAGGGAUUCUGAACCAUCAUACGAAUCACCAGCAAAGAAAAAGUCGUAUGCGAUUCUUCGUAGCUUCAAGGCGUCAAAACGUCGUGGAAGCGUUGGUCCCAAGGCUGAUUCUCCUAUGCACUCGACAGCACAAGGAAAAGGUCAAACUCGAACUCAAAGAUUAAAAGGGUAUUUGAACACAGCAUUCGAAGAUGAUUUCGAUGCAGGGCAAAAUGACAAUAGCACCAAUAUUGACUCUCUGACGGAUGAAAGUCUGGAGAGCUUGCAAACUAAUACUGGCACAGAAGUGAACCAAACAGUAAAUGAAAACAAUGGAGAAUCAAACUUGGGAAUAGAUCAUGCGCGAUCAUCGUCAUCAUCACUAGAGCGGAGCAAAAGCAGAAACCCGCUUGGGAUGUUUGCUAGAGCAAAGAAGGAUGCGCACGAUGCAAGAGAUGCUCCAGGUAUCGACUCGACGAAUACACGUGCGCCGACAGAAGAUACCCUUCAACCCCUGCCAAAUGGACAAGAACUCCCCACAAACUUUCGAAAGAUACCUGGACAGGGUUUUGAUCAUCGGUCAGCUGGUAAUGUAAUAAAUGGAAAGAAACCUGCGGUAAAAUACGAUGCAAGGGGGGUGUUGCAGAAUGAUGCAUACCCAACCAGGCGAGGGCAAGAAAAUGCUGUUCCAGAGUCCGUUUCUCUCCAGAAUAAUACGUCAAAAUCGUCUGACUACUCGGGGUCAAAUGGCUAUAACAACGACGACGAGGUGUCGUACCUCAGCGACAAUAGAAGUAUUCGGUCAGUUAAUGAGACUACCACUUCCUUGGACGACGAGGAUGUGUCUCGUUUGCGGCAACAUACUUCGUUGACGGAUGCGUCAGACGACGAUGAGAGUGCGGAUCCAUUUUUGAUGACAGAGACCGAGUCAAGUGAUCGAACCAGCACACAAGGGAAAAUCUAUUCAGCUUCUUCCUCGCGUGAUUCAAGUCGGCUUGAAAGAUCACCUUACUCAAAGCAACAAAGGGGUGUGAGGAGCCCGAAUACUGGAAGCGAGGCAACAACUGCUGUCAUUUCCCACCGUGUCCGGCCAAACUUUACCAGCUUCUACAGCAAGGAAGCUCCGGCAACCAAGACUUCGAAGGUGGCUACUAAUUUUGCUUCCAGGAUACGUGCUCGGCGUGGUGGAAGACGUCUGGGGGGAUAG